AUGUCUAGUCCACCUUCACUUAGAACAACAGCUUUAACUGUUCAGAUCACAACCAUGCGUGACAAUUUUGAAAGAUUGUUAAGAGAACAAGGUGAACAACUUCAACAAAGAAUUGAUGAGUUGGAAAGGAGGCCCCAAAAUUCUAAUGAUGGUAGUGGUGAUGAGGAGGAAAGAAGACGUAGAAGGAGACAAGGGGGAGAUAAUUUGAGGGGCAUAAAAAUUAAAGUUCCAACUUUUGUUGGGAAGAGUGACCCGGAGGCAUAUCUAGAAUGGGAGACUAAACUUGAACAAAUUUUUAAUUGUCACAAUUAUUCUAAUCUUGAAAAAGUGCAGGUUGCUUCUAUUGAGUUCAAGGAGUAUGCCUUAGUUUGGUGGGAUCAAUUGACCAAAGAUAGAAGGAGGUAUGCAGAACGACCAAUUGAUACUUGGGAAAAGAUGAAAAGAAUCAUGAGGAGAAGGUUUGUCCCUUCCUAUUAUCAUAGGGAAUUGCACAACAAAUUGCAAAGACUCACUCAAGGUUCUAAAAGUGUUGAAGAAUAUUUCAAGGAGAUGGAAGUUCUAAAAAUUAGAGCUAAUGUAGAGGAGGACGAUGAAGCAACUAUGGCUAGAUUUCUCCAUGGUCUAAAUCAUGACAUUAGUGACAUAGUGGAACUUCAUGACUAUGUUGAAAUGGAUGAAUUGGUACACCAAGCUAGCAAACUAGAACAACAACUCAAAAGAAAGAGCCAAGCAAGGAGAAAUUCCACCACUUUCAAUUCUCAAAGUUGGAAGGACAAAACAAAGAAGGAGGGUGCUUCAUCAUCUAAGGAAGCCACGGUUGAAAACAAAGGUAAAACUAUUACAUCUUCUUCUUCAAGUGUUUCAACUAACAAAAGUGUUAAGUGUUUCAAGUGUCAAGGCCAAGGACAUAUUGCAUCUCAAUGUCCAACAAAGAGAACUAUGCUUAUGGAAGAAAAUGAAGAAAUUGUUGAAGAGGAGGAUGGUGAUUAUGAUGAGGAGUUUGAAGAAGAAAUACCUAGUGGAGAUUUACUCAUGGUGAGAAGAAUGUUGGAAAGCCAAAUAAAGGAGGAGGAUACAAGUCAAAGAGAAAACCUUUUUCAUACAAGAUGCUUUGUGCAAGGAAAGGGAUUUAAAGAAUUGUUUCCGGAAGAGGUGCCAAGUGGUUUACCACCUAUAAGAGGAAUUGAACAUCAUAUUGAUCUCAAUCCAAGAGCAUCUUUGCCUAAUAGGCCAGCAUAUAGAAGCAAUCCACAACAAACUCAAGAGAUACAAAGGCAAGUUGCUGAAUUGAUAAGUAAAGGAUGGGUAAGAGAAAGUUUAAGUCCUUGUGUUGUCCCUAUUAUUCUAGUCCCUAAAAAGGAUGGUAGUUGGAGGAUGUGCACUGAUUGUAGGGCCAUUAACAAUAUUACCAUUAAAUAUAGGCAUCCUAUUCCUAGACUAGAUGAUUUGCUUGAUGAAUUGUUUGGUGCAUGCUUAUUUUCUAAAAUUGAUUUGAAAAAUGGAUAUCACCAAAUUAGAAUAAGGGAAGGGGAUGAAUGGAAAACUGCUUUUAAAACAAAAUUUGGUUUCAAGAACUUAGAUGAUUAUUGCAUUCAUUUAAAGGCUGUUUUGCAAGUGCUAAGAUAUGAAAAUUUGUAUGUCAACCUAGAAAAAUGUGUCUUUUGCACCGAUCAUGUGAUUUUCUUAGGUUUCAUUGUAAGCUCUAAAGGAGUCCACGUUUAUGAGGAAAAGGUGAAAGCCAUUCGAGAGUGGCCUCCUCCCAAAAAUGUAAGUGAGGUAAGAAGCUUUCAUGGUUUGGCUAGUUUUUAUAGGAGGUUUGUGAAGGACUUUAGUACCUUGGCAGCACCCCUCAAUGAAAUUGUUAAAAAGGAUGUUGGUUUUAAAUGGGGUGAAAAACAAGAGCAAGCCUUUGCUGCUCUAAAGGAAAAGCUCACCCAAGCACCAAUUCUUGCAUUGCCUAAUUUUUCUAAAUCUUUUGAAAUUGAAUGUGAUGCAUCUAAUGUGGGAAUUGGAGUUGUUUUGUUGCAGGAAGGUGUCAUACGGUGA